AUGGCCUACCACAGCUUCUUGGUGGAACCCAUCAGCUGCCACGCUUGGAACAAGGACCGCUCCCAGAUUGCCAUCUGCCCCAACAACCAUGAGGUGCACAUCUACGAGAAGAGCGGGGCCAAGUGGGUCAAGGUGCAUGAGCUCAAGGAACACAACGGGCAGGUGACAGGCAUUGACUGGGCCCCUGAGAGCAACCGCAUCGUGACCUGCGGCACUGACCGCAAUGCCUACGUGUGGACGCUGAAGGGUCACGUCUGGAAACCCACGCUCGUCAUCCUGAGGAUCAACCGGGCUGCACGCUGUGUGCGCUGGGCCCCCCAGGAGAAUAAGUUUGCUGUGGGCAGUGGCUCCCGGGUCAUCUCCAUCUGCUACUUCGAGCAGGAAAAUGACUGGUGGGUGUGCAAGCACAUCAAGAAGCCGAUCCGCUCCACCAUCCUCAGCCUGGACUGGCACCCCAACAACGUGCUCCUGGCUGCUGGCUCCUGUGACUUCAAGUGCCGGAUCUUCUCAGCCUACAUCAAGGAAGUGGAGGAGCGCCCAGCACCCACGCCGUGGGGCUCCAAGAUGCCCUUUGGGGAGCUGAUGUUUGAGUCCAGUAGUAGCUGUGGUUGGGUGCAUGGCGUCUGCUUCUCGGCCAGCGGGAACCGUGUGGCCUGGGUCAGCCACGACAGCACUGUGUGCCUGGCUAAUGCUGACAAGAAGAUGACCGUCGCCACCCUGGCUUCUGAGACACUGCCGCUGCUGGCCGUCACCUUCAUCACAGAAAACAGUCUGGUGGCAGCGGGCCACGACUGCUUCCCGGUGCUGUUCAGCUACGAUGGCGCCGCGGGGACGCUGAGCUUCGGCGGCCGGCUGGACGUGCCCAAGCAGAGCUCGCAGCGCGGCAUGACGGCCCGCGAGCGCUUUCAGAACCUGGACAAGAAGGCGAGCUCCGAGGGCGGUGCGGCCUCGGGCGCCGGACUGGACUCGCUACACAAGAACAGCGUCAGCCAGAUCUCGGUGAUCAGCGGGGGAAAGGCCAAGUGCACGCAGUUUUGCACUACAGGCAUGGACGGUGGCAUGAGCAUCUGGGAUGUGAAGAGCUUGGAGUCAGCCUUGAAGGACCUCAAGAUCAAAUGA